AUGGCUGUUGGCUGCAGUACUUUUGCCUAUCUUACUAUCUACAGCAACACCAGCGGUUCUAUAGUGGGGUGCGUAACACAAUGUGUUAACAUGAGUAUGGCAAUCGAUGAGGGACAUUGUUCCGGCAAAGGGUGCUGUGAGGUGGAUAUUCCUACCGGAAUGACAACGGCCACAAUUCAAGUAGCAACCUAUCUCUACUGUAGCUAUGCCUUUGUCGUCAGGAAUGGCUACUACUUGUUUUCGAAGGACCACUUGGAGAAGCUACCAUAUCAGAUGUUCCCUGUGGUUUUUGAUUGGAGUGUUGGAAACGAGACGUGUAAAGAAUCUUUGAGCAGAGGUACCAACGCUUGCAAGGGAAAUAGUACUUGUGUGGAGGCAGAGAGCGGAUAUGGUUACCGGUGUCAAUACAACCAAGGUUUUGAAGGAAAUCCAUACCUUCAUGCUUGCACAGACAUUAAUGAAUGUGAUACGCAGAUUCAUACAUGUCUAAGUAAGGAUAACUGUCUCAAUUCAAUUGGAUCCUAUUCAUGCUUUUGUCCUAAUGGGCAAUCAGGAAAUGGAUCAAUAAUAGGAGGUUGCCAUGAGAAAAUUCACAAAAAUAUUCUUCCAGAAAUUGUCACUGGUGCAGGAUUGAUAGCUGUUUUCGUGGGAACUUGUUUGUUAUACCUCAGAUACCAAAAGAGAAAACUCACCAAACUAAAAGAGAAGUUUUUUAAGCAAAACGGUGGUCUUAUUUUGCUACAACAACUCUCUACAAGAGAAGAGUCCUCUCGUACUACUCAAAUUUUCACUGCCGAACAAUUGAAGAAGGCCACCAACAACUAUGACGACAACUUGGUCGUUGGCAGGGGAGGUUUUGGCACAGUGUACAAAGGACUUCUAGAGAAUGACAAAGCUGUUGCCAUCAAGAAGUCCAAAACAGUUAAUCCUACACAAGUUGAGCAAUUCAUCAAUGAGGUUAUUGUUUUGUCCCAAAUUAACCACAGAAAUGUGGUGAAGCUUUUGGGUUGCUGUUUAGAAACAGAAGUCCCUCUUCUCGUCUAUGAGUUUGUAAGGAAUGGCACACUCUUCGAUUUUAUCCAUAAUGAAAACAAGAGAAAUAAUUUCAAUUGGGAAAAUCGUCUGAGAGUUGCAGCAGAGGCAGCCGGAGCUUUAUCAUAUCUUCACUCAGCUGCUUCCAUACCAAUUGUCCACAGAGAUGUUAAGAGUGCCAACAUUCUCUUAGACGAAGAUUUCACUGCCAAAGUCUCUGACUUUGGAACUUCAAGAUUCAUUCCACGGGAUCAAGUUGCAUUGGCUACAAUGGUCCAAGGAACUUUUGGUUAUUUGGAUCCAGAAUACAUGCAAACCAGCCAACUCACAGAGAAAAGCGAUGUGUAUAGCUUUGGCGUUGUGCUGGCAGAGCUUCUUACAGGACAGAAAGCUCUUUCAUUUGAGAGGCCGGAAGGGAACGAAAAUCUUGCUAUUUACUUUCUAUCUUGCCUGAAGGAGAAUCGCUUGUUUGAAGCUCUUCAAGUUGGAAUCUUGAAUGUAGAUAACAAGCAGCAGAUUGUGGAAGUUGCUAAUGUUACUGCAAAGUGUUUGAGACUCAAAGGAGAAGAGAGACCAUACAUAAAGGAAGUGGCAGUGGAAUUGGAACGAAUAAGGCAACACUUACUUCUUAUGUCACCAUCGUCAAAAAGAUAUGAGCAUGGAAGUAGUAGUCAUCAAAAUACAAAAUGUGGUAGUAUUGGGAAUGAUGAAGAAGCGCUACUUUCUUUAGCAUAUGGAAGGUGA